AUGGGGGACUAUAGAGGAAUAUCACCCAUGAAUUUCACCGGCAAUUUGUCAGAAAAUUGGAGGUUAUGGCGUCAAAAAUUUGAAAAUUAUUUGAUUGCUUCAGAGGUCAGUAAAAAGGAUCCGAAAGUUCAAAUUGCUCAAUUAUUGCAUUACAUUGGUGAAGAAGGUAUGUCAAUAUAUAAUACAUUCACCUUUGCGAAUGAAGAAGAAAGUGAAAAAUUAUCCACGGUAAUUAAUCAGUUCGAGGCUCACUUCAUGCCGAAAAAGAAUUUGUCCUAUGAAAGAUUUAAAUUUUUUACUCGAAAACAAUUAGAAGGAGAAACGAUUGAACAGUUUGCCACUGAUCUUAAAAAUAAAGCUAAGUCUUGUGAAUUCGGCGAUUUGAAGGAAAGUCUUAUUAAAGACAUAUUAACAUGUGGCUUACAAAGUCAAAAUUUAAGAGAGAGAUUACUGCAGGACGAUCAAAAAACAUUAGAAGAAGCUAUCCAAUUGUGCUUAUCUGUUGAAAGUUCAAGAAAGCAGUCAAGUUUAAUUUCGAAGGCAGGUUCUACUGUUCCAAUAAAUUCUCUCUAUAAAAGUCAAAAUGGCGUCCAUCCACAGCAUGGAAAAUCCUUACGCUCCUUCUCGAAGAAAGAAAUGGCCUAUCAACAGAGUCACGCGCAGUCACAAAAAGGGACGAGUAAUCAACAGGGAACUACUUCGGCCCACUUCAAUUCAAAAUCGAACCGUCGAACAAAUUUUCAAGGUCAAGAUUGUUGUUACAAGUGCGGAAGUAAACACGAGAAGUAUUGCUGUCCGGCAUAUAGACGAAAAUGUGAAGUGUGUGGGUUAUACAAUCAUUUUGCGAAAAUGUGUAAUAAAAGAAAAGUGAAUGGUGUUAAUAUGGAAAAGAAUUGCGAGGAAAUUGACAACAAGCCUGUUUAUGUAUACAGUGUUGAUCAAACAUACUCAAGAAAUAAUUCAUGGUAUACGUCUUUACUCUUGAAUAACAAGGUAACUGUCUGUUUUAAAUUGGACACGGGAGCCCAAGCGAAUUUAAUAUCAAUGAGUAAAAUGAAAAAUUUAAGGGAAAAUAAUUUAAUAAUUCAAACUGACAUAAAAUUGAAGUCAUAUACUAAUGAUUUUCUUCCUGUUAUUGGCAAAUGUUUUUUGAAUUGUAGAUAUAAAAAUGUUACUGCCUUAUUGGAAUUUUUUGUAGUGGAUUCCAGUUUAGAGUGUAUACUUGGUCUAGAAGCUUGCCAAAAGUUAAAUUUAAUAAAACUAAUUGAUUCAAACGAUAAAAUCGAUCAAAAUGAAAGAGGUAUGAUAGAAUACCCAUUCAAAGAAAGCAGUGUUGCUAUUAUGGAUAGAUUUAGCGAUAGAUUUUCAGGCUUAGGAUGUUUAAAUGUAAAAUACCAUAUAGAACUGAAUAACAAUGUUCAGCCAGUGGUUCGCCCUACUCGUAGAAUACCCAUCCCAUUGAUAGAUGACUUUAAGAAAACUUUGAUUGAAUUGGAAGAAAAGAAAAUUAUUAAAAAAAUCAAUGAGCCAACAGAUUGGGUCAAUUCAUUGGUUGUAUUACGAAAAAAUGAUGGAUCUCUUCGUGUUUGUUUGGAUCCACGUGAUUUAAAUUUGGCCAUUAAAAGAGAACAUUUUCAAUUACCUACUCUUGAUCAAAUUGUAUCAAAAUUAACAGGAGCUAAAUAUUUUAGUAAAUUAGAUGCCACAAGUGGUUUUUGGCAAAUUGAACUUGAUGAUGCUAGUGCAAAAUUAUGCACAUUUGGUACGCCAUAUGGGCGAUAUUGUUUUUUGAGAAUGCCUUUUGGUAUAAAAUCAGCUCCGGAGGUUUUUCAUAAACAUUUCAAAAAUAUUUUUGACAUGGAUGGAGUUGAGAUAUAUUUAGAUGAUAUUAUUGUAUGGGGUGAGACACUGGAUGAACAUAAUUUACGAUUGAGAAAGGUUUUAGACAUAGCAAGAAAAAAUAAUGUCACUUUCAAUAAAAAUAAAUGUAAGAUUUUAAUGUCGGAAAUAUCUUUUAUGGGUCACAAAAUAACAUCUGAAGGAUAUUAUCCAGGGUUAGAUAAGAUUGAAGCUAUAAAAAAUAUGACAAUACCUACAAGCAAAAAAGAAUUACAAAGGUUUUUGGGGAUGAUUACGUAUGUCGGUCGUUUUAUACCAAAUCUGUCAAAUUUAAAUUCACCAUUAAGGGAGCUCAUAAAAAAGAAUAAUUUAUUUGUUUGGACUGAUCAGCAUACGGAAUCCUUCCAAAAUUUAAAAAGAAAAUUAACUGAAGCCCCGGUUUUGCAAUAUUAUGACUUAAACAAGCCAGUUGUUAUUUCUGUUGAUGCCUCCAAAGAUGGAAUUGGUGCUUGUUUACUACAGAAUGGUCUACCUUGUGCUUAUGCUUCGCAAGCUUUAACUGAAACUCAGAAAAGGUGGGCACAGAUUGAAAAGGAACUGGCAGCAGUUCUUUUUGGCUGUCAAAAAUUUUAUGAAUUUGUGUAUGGCCGCUCCUUUUCUGUGGAAACUGAUCACCGUCCUUUGAUAGGAAUUUUUAAAAAACCUUUAUUAGAAUGUCCUGCACGAUUACAGCGUAUGGUACUUCAGUUACAAAAAUUUGAUUUUGAAUUGAUUUAUAAGCCAGGUAAAGAUUUAUUCUUAUCUGAUGCUUUGUCCAGAGCAUACAUUAAGAAUAAUGAAAAUUCAAUACCACUUGAUGAUGGUUUAGAAGUAUGUGUGAUAGAAAAUAAUAGUAAAUUUAGCGAUGAGAAGUUUAGAGAAUUGUUGAAACUUUCAAAUGAAGAUUCAGAAAUGUGUUUAUUGAGUAAAUAUAUUAAAAAUGGUUGGCCUAAUACUAUUAAAAAAGUUCCUGAUUUGUUAAGGGAUUAUUAUAGAUUUAGGAAUGAGAUUGUUGUAAGCAAUGGUCUUUUAUUCAAAGGAAAUAAAAUUAUUGUGCCUAAAGGGUUAAGGUCUAAGAUUAUUGAUAGUAUUCAUUAUGGUCAUUUUGGAAUUGUAAAAUGCAAAAAUAGAGCCAAUCAAUCUUUUUUCUGGCCAGGAAUGAUUUCAGAACUGGAAAAAACUGUAUCGAAUUGUGGAAUAUGCAAUAAAUAUAGAGUAAAUAAUCAAAAGGAGGAAUUGAAACAUCAUGAAAUACCUGAAAUUCCAUGGAACAAAUUAGGUAUAGACAUACUGUAUUUAGGGUCUCAAAUGUUCUUGUUAGUUGUAGAUUAUUAUACAAAGUGGGUUGAGUUGAUAAAAUUGGAGCAUAAUGCUCAUUCUAUUAGUGUUGUAAAUAUUUUGAAAACAUUAUUCGGCAGAUUUGGCAUUCCAGCAGUUAUAAUUUCAGAUGGGGGACCUCAAUUUUCUUCCUUAGCUUUUAACAAUUUUUCAAAAAAGUGGGGUUUUAAACAUAUAUUCACUAGUGCACAAUAUCCACAGUCUAAUGGAAUGGUCGAGAGAACAAAACAAACCAUCAAAAAAUUACUCAGAAAGGCCAGAGAGGAGGAUAAAGACAUAGAGUUAGUUUUGCUUUUAUACAGAAACACGCCCUUGGAAUGUGGUUUUUCUCCGGCACAGCUCAUGUUUUCUAGAAAUUUAAGAGAUAUACUACCUACUACUACUGAGGCACUUAGACCCCAAAAUGUAAAUUUUCAAAAUUAUAAUAAAACGUUGUCAUCAAGAAAAACUAGAGAGAAAUAUUAUUACAAUCGUAGUCAUAAAAAUUUAAAACCAUUAAAAAAGAAUAAUAGAGUCAGAUAUCAAGAUUAUUCGGGUUCUAAUUGGAAAGUUGGCAAAAUAAUUGAUAAACCUCGAGAACGUUCUUAUGUUAUAGAAAAAGAAAAUGGAAAUCAAAUAUUUAGAAAUAGGAGGUUUAUAGAAGGUUUGUCAGAACCUGAAACAGAACUAGUAAAAGCGGAAGAAGCGGAAAUAAGUGAUUUUAAUUUAAGUAAAUUAUAUGAGCCUGAAGAGGUUUACAAUGUAGUACCAUCAACAUCUUCAGGUAGGGUUGUAAGAAAGCCCGAAAGAUUCGGAUUCACUUAA